AUGGCUUGCUACUACUUUCUGGCUAUUUUUGCAGUCAUCCUUGCGGCUGCCACCGCAAAUCCUAUGGGUCGAGUGGUUGGUGGCUAUGACGCUGUACCCGCGCAGUUCCCCCAUCAAAUAUCGCUGCGUAUGAGUCAUCGACACAUUUGUGGCGGUUCCAUCAUUAAGUCCAACUACAUAUUGACUGCAGCGCAUUGUGUGGUGUCAUCCGGCACAACAGCUUACCCCGCUGAGGAUUUCACCAUUCGCGCUGGCACACACAAUCGCAUCGCUGGCGGUGUCAUCGUUCAAGUCAAGCGCGUCGUGGUGCAUGAGGGCUAUGCUUCAAUCACAAAUGACUUGGCUUUGCUGGAAUUGGAGGAGCACUUGAGUUUCUCUGAAAAAAUUCAACCUAUUGCUUUGCCUACUGCUGAAGUUCCUGCUGGCUCUGUGGUUACUAUUUCAGGCUGGGGUCUGACCGAGAAUAAUGGUGAUACCUUGCCCAUUAUUUUGCAAUGGAAUACCGUGCAGGCGCUUAGCAAAAGUCAAUGUUUCCGUAAGAUUUUAAUCUCCUCAGAUGCUUUGAUUUGCUUAGACCAUCCGUCGGGCGCUGGUGCUUGCAAUGGUGACUCAGGUGGUCCAGCAAUAUACGAUGAUCAGCUGGUGGGUGUUGCUGGAUUUGUGGUUAUUGGUUGUGGAACUUCGCGUCCCGAUGGAUAUGCCAAAGUGUUCUACAAUCUCGAAUGGAUUAAUCAGAACAUGAUUUGA